CUAGGAUAACGAUCAGGUGUCUUAUUACUUGCAUACCUUUUCAAUUGGUUUUAAGAAUUUUCAGUGAUUUCGUUUCAAUUCUGUCCAAAGUCUUGAGCGACCCAGGUCUUGAUGUCUUAUCUCCAGUAAACAAGCUAGUUCAAUUCCUCGAAACCUUGGCGAUCUCUGACUCGUCAGACGCAGAGAAUUGAAUCACCAAUUUUUUAAAUCCCCAGCUCCAGGCUUCAGUCAUUGCGUCAUCGUCUUCCAACAUAACUAACGUCAGUACCAGUUUAAUUAACUUUUUUCACACAAUCAUCUGAAAGGCACGAGACUUGUAUAAUCGCAAGAAUAAAUCCACAGUAUUGAACUGCUAUCGAUUAGAUAGAGAAGUGAUCAUGUUCUAAUGCCUCGAAGGCCAUUUAUAGCUGGGUGUAUAAAAGUAUAUCGUGAAGAAGAGUCUGAGAUUUCAGAUUUCGUGAUCAGCUUCGCCAUAAUGCACCAACCAGCGUCUUACGCCGCAGUGAAUGCUCAACAACGACACGACGCUGAAAUUAUUACUGACGAGUACGAAGAAGAACUGAGUAAAAUUUCGGGGCGCUGUCUCGACGUUGGCACCGGUCCUGGGGAUGUUUUGAUCGAUUUCGUUCUCCCGAAAUUGGAUCCAAGGGCUACCGUUGUCUGUUCGGACAUCUCAGAAAGCAUGUUGAAAUUUUGUAAAGAAAGUUAUGGGGACAACGAACGAUUGUCUUUCGAACAACUGGAUAUCCAGACACUUGAUCUACCAAAACAUUUGAUAGGACAGUUUGAUAUCGUUACGUCAUUUUACUGUCUUCACUGGUGCCGGGAUCUCCGUCGAGCGUUCGAAAAUAUAUUCAGUAUUCUUCGACCCGGAGGUACCAGCGUCAUGACUUUCAUCGCGAGACAACCUAUCAUUGAUGUCUACCCGAUUUUAGCAGCGUUGCCACGUUACAGUCCCUACGUCAAAGACUGCGAGCGCUACAUACCCUUCUUCCAAUACAACAGUCAGCCGCGCAAGAGUCUCAAAAGUCUCGCCGAAAACGUGGGCUUUGAGGUGAUUCACUGCAGCUGCAGAGAAAAAAAUCAUUUCUUUGAGAAUGCAGAUGCGAUGAAGAACUUCUUGAUAACGGUGAAUCCUUUCAUGGCGCGAAUGCCAACCGACCUUCAAAAAGAGUACCAAGAUGAUCUAUUGAAAGAAAGUUUGAAGCGGUUGAUCAUAUUCAAUAGAGGAAACACUGAGAAAAGAGAAAAGAGCAUUCUAUCGACAUUCCAUUUGGUCGUCGUACACUUGAAAAAGCCUCUAUUCCAAAAUCUGAUAUCUAAGAUCAGUACCAUUAUAAGAGAGAUCACGCGUUGUGUUGUUAGACGUAGAAUAUCGUGUGACUUCGCUUCACUUUUUUUUCCAUACCUGCCCCGGUAUUUUUUCCCGAGUGGAGUGAAUUCGGACAUCAUGCAUCAAGCAGCGGCGUACAGAAAGGCCAAUAGCCUUCAACGGGAGUGCACUGGAAGAAUCGUCGAAGAAUUCAAAGAUGAAUUGGCCAAAUUUUCGGAGCGCUGUCUCGACGUCGGGUCCGGUACCGGGGAUGUCAUGAUCGAUAUCGUUCUACCAAAAAUGAAUCCGAAUACCAAAAUUUUCUGUUCGGACAUCUCCGACGCUAUGCUGGACUUUAAUAAAGCGCAAUAUGGGUAUCAUGAGCGAAUAUUGGCUUUCGAAAAAUUAGACAUACAGACACCGGAUCUACCCAAUAAGUUCAUAGGACAGUUUGAUCAUGUGACAUCGUUUUACUGUUUACAUUGGUGUCAAAAUUUGAGCCAAGCUUUCAAAAACAUCUUCGAUAUACUCCGAUCCGGGGGUAGUAUUUUUGCCACUUUUGUUGCCGCCUGUCCUUUCUAUAGCGCCUAUCCGAUCUUAGCAACAUAUCCACGUUACCAUUCCUAUGUGAAGGACUACAAUAGCAUUAUACCCGUUUUACAUUCCAACAACCAGCCGCUUCAAACGCUUGAAACUUUGGUCAAAAGUAUUGGGUUUGAGGUGCUCCAUCUCAGUCUCAGACAAACGAGCCAUUUUUAUCGCACUUCGGACGAAUUGAAAGAGUUUUUAAUAUCCGUCAAUCCCUUUAUCACCCAAAUGCCACCGGAUUUAAGAGAGGACUACGGAAAUGAUCUGGUCAAAGAAGCCUCGGAGUUCAUGGAAAUUAACAAAAAUAACAACGAAGAAGACUACGGUUUUUUGAAAACAUUUACAAUCUUCAUCGUAUAUUUGAAAAAGCCGUAAAAAUUACGAAAAUAUUAUUCAUGCAGCUACUCGUUUUUACCACUCAUAGAUAAACCUCAGGGCAUAGGGUGAACAAACUUUUCGUAGUCGCGUGUGGCUGUGACUGAUCUAACAGGUUUGUUUUCCGUAGCUACGCGAAAUGCAAAGAAAAUGUGAACCGCAAUAGGGUACCCUUUUGGAUUUUUUUUAAUUUUCGGGUCGCAAAUGAAUUAUUUUUCAAGUCCCCUGUAGAACACUUUUGCAAUGUAAUUUAACCCCAGAAACACGAAUCCGUCAAUUGAACUGAGCUGCGGAUUAAUCCCAUCGAGAGAUUCUUGAUUUUUCACUUCUUGCAUCGAUAAAUUAGGGUCAACUCGAUCAUAUCAAUGGAUGUACGUACGUACGUAUCCAAAUAGAUCAAUUUAUUUAGCAGAUUCUGUAAUGAAACAAAAAUAAGAACCAAGUGAAUACGAAUUAGAGCAAUAUGUACCUUUUUAUAACUUUAGGUUCAGCUUUAUUGUAUUUAAUUUUAAGUAUGUAGGCAUAGAUGUUCAAUAUAUCUAUGAUGUAGGUAUAGAUUAUACACAUACACUUUUGAACACCGACCAAAUUACGGCACGGUGACAAACGCGUUUCGUUACAUCAAGUACAUUACAAUAACUCAAAUUAUCUUUAGUAUAUCCUUUUUCGAUUCGUCUAUGAGAAAAACAGAACACAAUUUCUCCAACAAUUCGCUACGAUCACCUAUCUCGCGAAUGCCAACGUGCCAAAAUUCACAAAGUAUUUAUAUUCAUAUUUUGUAUAAUAUGUGUUAUAUAUUAUACUGGAAGCAGCGCAACUCUAAUCAUUCUAAUUAUACAUGUAUUAGGUAUAUUACUAUACGUCUCUGUGUACGCAAUCAAUGCAGUAUAUCACUAAAAAUUUUUUCUUUCCUUAUAAUUCUGAACUCCUAUAGGAUAAAACGACAGCUGUACUCGAAUCAGUAUUAUAUUAUUAUACAUUACAGUA